CAUCAACAUCAUCAGCAACAGACAGCAACAACAACAUUAAACUUCAUGGAUUAGAUCAUCUUCAAAUACUUGGGCUUUCUGCAAACACUUUAUCGGAUAGGUGCCUGAAGCACUUGGUCAAAAUCACAACGCUUCAAGCUGUUGAUUUAUCAUAUACUGAUGUGACCGAUGUCGCUAUCCAGUUUAUGAAACGAUAUCAAUACGAGGUGCUUUAUGCAGUAUCCCCACCACCCUCAUUGAGGCCACAGAUGGCAAUAUCUACACCCAUACGAAAGCACAAGCCUCUGUAUGUUGCCGACGACAACCCCACUCCUUUGUUAAUUACAUGGUCUCGUAUAUACGGUAAAAAAGUUGGCAACGAGCGACAACCCGUGCAAUACUUGGCUGCCAAGCAGCGUAAUCCUGCAUGCAACAUUAAGCCAAAUAGCGCACUGUUCAAGUUUGUUGGACAGCCCUUACUAUGUUUACAACAACGCACUCGUGUCUGUGGAUCAUACUUUGGGGACUUGAGCUUUGUUCGUCAAGCACCAAAACCAGUUGAUGACGCUGUUGAAACCAGCUUCACUACUGCGCCGUCGAGGGGUAUAAAACGCCCACGCAAUAAGAUCCACGAGUCUUCUCCCACGCCUCCUCACCCUCCUGCUCGGAAACAAAGCUGGCCAAACGCGUUGGAUUACUUGAAAAUGGUUGAAAAGGAUUUAGGCAUAUGAUCCUACUGCUACUACUUACCAUGUCGGUGCAUACAGAAACCAUCCCUCUUCUUCUUUGCUAGUGCUAGAUGUAAUCAAAUAUAUUCCAACAAGUUACCCCCCCCCCAUCUUCGACAUAGCACGCUGAAAACAGUCAAGUAUCUUGAAAGGAAAAGGUCUAGAGCUGGUGGGGCUUAUUGCGACAACGACAGAAUUACACCGUCAAAACACGCGCUUUCCUAAUCCGAACUACAUGCAGCUCUCCUCAAUAGUAGUGAUACUCUUCAAGCAUACACGAAAAAAAAAUAAAAAAGUAAUAUGCACCGGCUCAGUUCUGGGCAAAAAUAAGCCUAAACAUGCGAGAAAUUCAAAAGCUG